AUGUAUGUAGGGCACACUGGACAAAUUCCAAAAGGUGGAUACUACGCAUAUCUUGGACGUUCGCUAUUAUCAAGUCGCAAAAUAUUAAAUCGCCUUACAAAACAAUUCUGGUUUGAUUUAAAAACUCGAUACUUAAUUGUUGAAUUUGCAUCGUAUAGUGCUGAUUCUAAUUUUCUAACUGUCGUCAAGUUGAUUAUCGAAAAAUCUGCAUCCGAUUCAUUUAGAACUUCGCCGCAUAUAACGGCAAUUCCUUUACGACGUCCAUUAGAUUCGUCCAUUCCUCAUUACGUCGGACUAAUACUUAUACCUGCAUCAUAUACAAUUUUGAUAACACUAAUCUGGUAUUUUUAUAUGAGCGAUCAUCCCCCCUCGAAUCUAUUUCGAUACUACCAUCAAUAUAUAUCGUUUUAUGAUUUACUCAUGAUAAUUUUAGUUUUCAUUUACACCAUGUUCUUUCACACCUUGCAAAUAGCUCAACGAACUGCAAUACGACAAGUUGGACGUAUUUUAAUAAAGGUUUGGCUGUAA